UUGACAUCUAGUCGCGAUCGCGAAAUAUCACAUUCUAUAGUAUAUGGUAGAGGAGCGCACGUAUUAUUUACUUAUUUUUAUUUUUUUCUCGAAAAAGGAUCAAGUGUAAAUCGCGUUAUUUGAAAUUAUAACGAGAAGACCAAAACUAUUUCGACGUUGGAUUCGAAAAUCUUAAUUUAGUAUCAUAAUGAUGUUCAAAGACUCAUGUGCUUCCACAAAAAUAUGGGUGUUGUUUGGCAUGAUCACUUUAGUUGUUAGUUUCGAUCAUACGCUAAAAGAUGACUUUCCUGGACCAUAUUGUAGCAGAAUAAAUCAAUGCUGUAACGAUAGACAGGAUGGUUGCUCCCUACCUAUUGCCAGUACGUUAUGCUAUUGCGAUGAAUUCUGCGACCGUGGUCACGUAAGCGAUUGUUGUCCUGAUUAUCGUACAUUCUGCCUGAACGAACCUGCUCCGAUUCAGAGCUGCCUUCACAACGGUGUCUAUUUCCAUAAAUUUAAUACAACACGUGACAAUUGCAAUGAAUGCCGUUGUUUAGAUGGAGGGAUUGUUGACUGCGAUAGGGAUCUCUGUCUAACUGAUGAUAGUCUCAUUAGAAAUGUAAAUUCGAUACAUAGACUUGGCUGGUCGGCUCGUAAAUACGAUGAAUGGUGGGGUCAUAAAUAUGCGGAAGGCUUAACGAAACGUUUAGGCACCAAGGAGCCGACAUAUCGCGUUAAGGCAAUGUCUCGUCUACACAAUAUUGUCGAUCAUUUGCCAAGAAGUUUCAAUUCAAUUGAUAAAUGGGCAUCAUAUAUAUCCGAUGUUCCUGAUCAAGGUUGGUGUGGUUCAUCUUGGGUUAUAUCCACAGCGUCUGUAGCAUCGGAUCGCUUCGCCAUACAAAGCAGAGGCAAGGAAGUCAUUCAAUUGUCCCCGCAAAAUAUUUUAUCUUGUACGCGUAGACAACAAGGCUGCAACGGCGGCCAUUUGGACGCUGCUUGGCGUUAUCUUCACAAGCAAGGCGUUGUCGAUGAAUCUUGUUAUCCCUAUGUUGGCUAUCGGGACGCGUGUAAAAUCCCUUAUAAUAGUCGUUCGCUGAGAAGUAACGGUUGCAGAUCGUAUUCGGGUGUAGAUCGCGAUGAAUUGUAUACUGUAGGUCCAGCCUACUCUCUAAACAAUGAGACUGACAUUAUGGCAGAAAUAUUUAUGUCGGGCCCAGUUCAGGCUACGCUAACAGUUCAUAGAGAUUUCUUUUCCUAUUCCGGGGGAGUAUAUCGUCAUACAGCGGCCAGUCGCGGUAGUCCUGUAGGUUUUCAUUCAGUGAAAUUAAUCGGUUGGGGUGAAGAGCACGACGGCAACAAAUACUGGAUUGCUACCAACUCCUGGGGAACAUGGUGGGGUGAGCACGGUAAUUUCCGCAUAUUGCGAGGCAGCAAUGAAUGCGGUAUCGAAGAUUACGUCCUAGCAGCUUGGCCGAACGUUUACAAUUACUUUAAACCGAAAUCAAUCUCUUAAGAAGAACAUUAAACCUCACAAAAUCAUUUUUAAUGUAAACGCAACUUUUUUUGCAAAUAAUUAAUGAAUGCCCGAAAGUAUUUUAGUUAUCGCUCUUAGAUUUAAAAAAAAAAUACAUAUAUAUAUUUUUUCAAUUUUUAAUCGUUAGCACAUUACGGCGCACAAUACAAUACUUCACAGAAUCGCUAAGUAUUUUUAUGUGAUUUUAGGUAACAUAAUUAUGAAACGUUUUUCUUUCUUUUCUUUUUCAUUUAUAUAUUAAAUUUUAAAUGUAUCUACACAUGCAUACAUAUACAUAACCAUAUUUAUAUGUACAUAUUUAACUAUUGUUAUAUUGCAUUCAUCUCCGAAUCCUUGAAGAAGCAAAAAAAAAAAAACAAAAAAAAAAAAAA